AUGGUCGCAUCAAACUUCACUCGCAUCCGUUCGACAACUCGCUCGACGAUGGCCAAAGCAACGGCGGUGCGCGUUUCGACGGGGAAAAAGUUCAGCCAGCUGCUGAUUAUAACACCGGCGGUAGCGAUCGAUAGCAACGAGCACGACGACUAUCAUGGACCGUUCAACUCGUCCUCGCUCGACAGUGGUUGUGGCGGGAGCAGCGAAGGGAGUCUGUCGGACGAUUUGCUCGAGGAGGACGAACAGCGUCGCCAGCGUCGAAGACAGCAGGGAGCCGGUGAUCGCAGGAAUAAUAACGAUACCAUGCAUCAACUACCCCCUUUGCUAGGUGGUGGUGGAGAACGACGCGAUGGAAGGGGAGCCACGUCGUCGCAGGGCUCCUGGCGUUGGUGUGGUUUGAUCUGCUCGGCUGUAAAAUGCUUCCGGGCAGCAGCUGCCACCACGGGCAGCCGGCGAUCACAGCAAGGCCGCCCAUCGCCAAGGCAACCGCUCGCUGGAACGGCUGUUCGCUACACGACGACUUCGGAAGGUGUGUGGGGCCAAGGUGGUGGUGGUGGUGGUAGUGGUAGCACUGGCCGUCGAGAGGGAACGACCCGGUUCAGCAACAACCAUGUGUACGAGUACACCAUCAAGAGCUAUCAUCAUCCGCAGCGCGGCGAGCGUCGAUCGAAUGGCGGAGGGUUAGCUGCAGUUGCGCUUCCAGGUACCGGAGGUGCUGGCAGUCGUUCUGCCUCGAUAUCGUCCGACACGUCCGCGCUGUCGAUGCUGGCCGAAACGGGCACACUGGCCGACCAUGACCAUAUCAACAACAACCACAACAACAGUGCAGGACACCACAACGGAAACAGUCUAGCAAACUCAUCCAUCGGUACGAUCGCUUCGGGGGUAGGUACGACAUCGAUCGUUGUCACCACCACCACCUCCUCCUCGGGAGCUUCCUCGCCAACCAUCGAAACAUCGACGAUCGGACGGGUGAGCGAACGGAACAAUAUCAUGUACAAGUUGUGA